AGGUCUGGCUGCCUGCUUACUGGGGGACCUUUCGGACGCCAGCACUUCUGUCACCGACCGCCUGGCAGGGUUGGCUUUCUUGACAGCGUAGAUGUGAGUCUUGCUUAGGUGAAGGGAAAGCUGUCGUUUUGGAGAUUUAUGAAACGAAGGCCUGAUGGGUGUUCAGGAGGCACCCGGCUUGAUCUUCCCGAUAAGAGCGGCCAUGGAACGUACAUGGGGGAAGAGAAGCUCAUCGCAUCUGUGGCCGGCUCUGUGGAGAGAGUAAACAAGCUGAUCUGUGUGAAAGCCUUGAAAACCAGGUACAACGGUGAAGUAGGAGACAUUGUAGUGGGGAGAAUCACGGAGGUUCAACAGAAGCGGUGGAAGGUGGAUACCAAUUCCAGGCUGGACUCCGUCUUGCUGCUCUCGUCCAUGAACCUUCCGGGUGGAGAGCUGAGGAGAAGGUCUGCAGAGGACGAGCUGGCCAUGCGAGGUUUCCUGCAGGAAGGGGACCUCAUCAGUGCCGAGGUCCAGGCAGUGUUCUCCGACGGAGCAGUCUCUCUGCACACGAGGAGCCUGAAAUAUGGAAAACUAGGCCAGGGGGUUCUAGUCCAGGUCUCCCCCUCCCUGGUGAAGCGGCAGAAGACUCACUUCCACGACUUGCCGUGCGGUGCCUCUGUGAUCCUGGGCAACAACGGCUUCAUCUGGAUCUACCCGACCCCAGAGCACAAAGAGGAAGAUGCAGGGGGCUUCAUUGCAAACCUGGAGCCAGUGUCGCUGGCUGAUCGAGAGGUGAUGUCCCGGCUGCGCAACUGCGUGGUCUCACUUGUGACUCAGAGGAUGAUGCUGUACGACACCAGCAUUCUGUACUGCUACGAGGCUUCCCUUCCACAUCAGAUCAAAGACAUCUUAAAGCCGGAAGUAAUGGAGGAGAUUGUGCUGGAAACACGCCAGAGGCUUUUAGAGCAGGAGGGCUGAGGAGAGGCUCCCAGGCAUGGGACUGCCUUGCUGGAGCCGUUCUGGCCAGCGGAGAGUCUGCUUGGUGGUCCCCACACGCAGCCCAGGGAGGAUCCGACAGACUCAGGACUCAUCUGUUCCAAGCCCCCAGGCCAGGCCUGCUUUCUCCCUUUCUGGGACAAGGGGCCUGGCGAGGAGCAGUGCUUCCAGCCCCUCAGGCCUGGUAAGUCCUAGCUGAAGAAAGUCAUUUCAGGUCUUUUGGAUGCUCAGUGUCCCAGCCGAGUGGCUGCCCCUCCUGGAAUAACACGGAGAUUCCUUUGUCCUCCCUCUCUCAUGAGGCACAGUGCCCGUGAAAUUGCCCUGGUGGAAAACGUGGCAUCCCUGACCCCCAAAGGGCCUCCACUCCACCUUCUUUAAGGCGCAAGUGUGACCGGGGAGUGUACAGUUGCUAAAGUUAACCUGGCAGACGAAUGGAAGAAUAAAGUUAACCUGGCAGCCUUUG